UGUGACUCAUUCACACUAUAUACAUUUGGCUUCCGCAACAGUUUGAUGUUUCUAUUUUGAGGAAGUUUGUAAAUGUAAAAGGGCAGGUGCAAUAGUAUAUUUGGGAGAAGUGGACUGCUUUUUUUUUCCUACUUAUUUGAUAGCUUGCACAUUACUUAUCAACAAUCUCCUCAUCUAGAUAUCUUCAUUUCUAGUAGAAAACAUAGAGAACUUCUAGUACUUUUUAUUUUAUUUUGGAUAAUAUCGGUCCUAUAUAUAUGAGCUUAAGUGGAGCGGCUUGAUUAGUGAGAAUUCAUAUAGCAUGUCCUCAAUUUGCUUGCAUAGCAGCAAGAUUCUUUGUUUUGCAUCGGGAUAUCUAUAUGAUGAAUAUUCAUUGUGCUUCUCUCAGACGGUUGGUCAUUCACCUCAGAUGUUGAUCAAAGUCCCUUAUUUGCUGGCCACCAUAAUGUCUUAUCCAUGACAUCUACUGGCAUAAUUAGCUGGUGUCUACUAUAGUGCUGUAUCAUCACGGGAAACGCCUGACUUUUUUAGCCAUUUCUCUGCAGAUGUGUAUUCUUAUAUUUGUAGGAACAAAUGGUGAGACCUACUUUAAUACAGCAGCUUUGGUCUCUUGUGUGCAAAACUUCCCCAAAAGCCGUGGUCCUGUGGUUGGGAUUCUUAAAGGAUUUGCUGGCUUAGGUGGUGCUAUUUUGACUCAAAUAUAUGCAGUAAUCCAUUCCCCAGAUCAUGCUUCACUUAUAUUUAUGAUUGCCGUUGGACCAGCAAUGGUAAUUAUCGCUCUCAUGUUUAUAAUCAGGCCUGUUGGAGGCCACAGACAAAUCAGGCCUUCCGAUGGAUUAAGUUUUUCAUUUAUUUACAGCAUAUGUCUCCUUUUGGCUUCUUACUUAAUGGGAGUUAUGCUUGUUGAAGACCUUAUUGAUGUUAGCCACAAUGUUGUCAUAAUCUUCACAGCUAUUCUAUUUAUCCUCUUGAUAAUCCCUAUUGUGAUUCCCAUCUCCUUGAGUUUCUCUCAAGAGCGAAGAGUACCAGCAGAAGAGGCACUAGUACUAUCCGAGUCACAGAAACAAGAUCCUGAAAAUUCUGAACAGGACGAUGGUCAUGAAAUUAUAUUUAGUGAGGUUGAAGAAGAGAAGCCAAAGGAAGUAGACUUGCUUCCGGCUUUAGAAAGGCAAAAAAGAAUUGCCCAACUACAAGUGAAACUAGCACAAGCAGCUGCUGAAGGAGCAGUGAGGAUCAAAAGAAGAAGGGGUCCCCAUAGGGGGGAGGACUUUACAUUACUGCAGGCUUUAAAAAAGGCAGAUUUUUGGCUUAUGUUUUUCUCACUGCUUUUAGGUUCUGGUUCUGGUUUAACUGUCAUUGAUAACUUGGGACAGAUGAGCCAAUCUUUAGGAUCUAAUAACACACAUGUAUUUGUUUCCUUGAUCAGCAUAUGGAACUUCCUUGGCCGUAUUGGGGGUGGAUACUUUUCUGAAAUAAUUGUCAGGGAUAAUGCAUAUCCAAGACAUGCAGCUAUGGCUGUUGCCCAAGUUGUAAUGGCCAUUGGCCAUUUCUUCUUUGCUAUGGGUUGGCCUGGGGCAAUGUACAUUGGUACUCUUUUGGUUGGACUUGGUUAUGGGGCUCAUUGGGCGAUUGUACCAGCUGCUGCUUCAGAAUUGUUUGGCUUAAAAAAUUUUGGGGCAUUGUACAAUUUCCUCACUCUUGCCAAUCCAGCUGGUUCAUUAGUAUUCUCAGGUCUUAUUGCCAGUAGUAUAUAUGACUGGGAAGCUGAAAAGCAAGCUCAACAGCACAAUGAUGGACAGUUGAAUUUGGCUUCGGUUUUGACAAGUUUUCUUAACAUGGAUGAACCUCUCAAGUGUGAAGGCGCCAUUUGCUUCUUCUUGACUUCUUUGAUAAUGUCAGGACUUUGCAUUAUUGCAGCUGUUCUAAGCAUGAUUCUGGUGUACCGCACGAAGACUGUGUAUGCUCAAAUGUAUGGAAAGUCUCGUACAUAAUUUAUCCUCAAAAGUACAAAAGGGAUGGAAAUCUAAGCAUCCUGAAGAGAGACACCCUCGCUAUUUUCAUGGCAUGACACUGCAUAACCAUAAAUAGAGCUCCUCUGGCUGAGAGCAAGCGACAAAGAAAGCACAAUAGCCUGGUUUUGCUGUUGGUAGUUGUCCAUGGUUGGGUGAAAUAUACAUAUUUGUGUUGCAAGUGAUUUUUGUAUAUCUGCAUUUUCUCAAACUUGAAAUUGUUGAAGUUUGGAUGUCAAUAUUAAGUCACUGUACUGUUUCUUUGUUAAUAUUAAGUCCUUCUGCAGCCAGAGAUUGUGGUCAA